AUGGAUGCAACUCUGAAAGAGCUGACCAGCUUAGUGAAAGAAGUCUACCCAGAGGCACGGAAGAAGGGAACACACUUCAAUUUUGCCAUUGUUUUUACAGAUCUCAAGAGGCCUGGCUAUAGGGUGAAGGAGAUCGGCAGUACCAUGUCUGGCAGGAAGGGCACAGAUGAUUCCAUGACGUUGCAGUCUCAGAAAUUCCAGAUAGGAGACUACCUGGAUAUAGCGAUUACUCCUCCGAAUCGUGCACCGCCCCCCUCAAGCCGCAUGAGGCCAUACUGA